ACUGUGCUUCUUCUUCUUGAGAAGCCCUAGCCGCAGGAGGGAAAAGGUUCGAGAGAUCGGCGAAAAUGACGACGAGAUUCAAGAAGAACAGGAAGAAGCGUGGCCACGUCAGCGCCGGACACGGACGUAUCGGAAAGCACCGAAAGCAUCCCGGAGGUCGUGGUAACGCCGGAGGUAUGCACCACCACAGGAUCCUCUUCGACAAGUACCAUCCUGGUUACUUCGGUAAAGUUGGUAUGCGGUACUUCCACAAGCUUCGCAACAAGUUCUUCUGCCCGAUCGUCAACCUCGACAGGCUUUGGUCGUUGGUCCCUGAGGAUGUGAAGGCGAAGGCUACCAAGGAUAAGGUUCCGUUGAUCGACGUGACGCAGCACGGGUUCUUCAAGGUGUUGGGGAAAGGACAUUUGCCUGAGAACAAGCCUUUUGUGGUGAAGGCGAAGUUGAUCUCGAAGACUGCUGAGAAGAAGAUCAAGGAAGCUGGUGGUGCCGUUGUUCUCACUGCUUAGGUUUAUCACAAAUUUAUCUUCUAUUUUUGUUUUUGAAUAUUCGCUAAAACUUAUCCUGUUUUGGAUCUUGGAACAUGGUUGUUAUGACAUUGAGAUUCUGGAAUUUUUGCCUUGCCAUUUUCU